CAAAGACUUGCAACGACAUAACUUUUGGAUAGAUCUCCAAGUCACAGAUGGGAAAUCGCCAAUAGGGUAUCUCACCCACUCCAUUCUUCAGUUUGUGAAUCGUCAAAAGAUCCUGGAUGGACCUGGGCGAAAACAGCUGGUCAAUGGUCAAGCGUGAAGUCACCAGCAGCCCAGGGUCGCCGGCUGAACAGAGCUACCUGCAGGGUGACAGACGGGACCGCCACACCUCAGAGGAGUUGAGGUCACCGGCGCCUCAGCAAACGCAUCUUGACAGUGUGGGAGCCCGACGCACAGAGGGCCGGCCUAUACACUCCUACGUUCACUUCGGACACCAUAACACCGCCCUACACAACUCGGAGGAUAUCACACUGUUCACGGAUUUGGACCAGGGCAACAAGCUCAUCAUCUCUGGCGGGGCGCACAAGAGUGGACUAAUCGUCGACCCUAGCGACAUGUAUCAAACACUGGCAAUCGCCGCGGCUCAGACUCAGGCUGGAUACGAUUCGCCUACAGCUAGCUAUAUGCACUCCAACCCGAAUUCGCCAGUUUAUGUGCCGACCUCCAGAGUCGGGCCUAUGAUUCCGAGUCUCCCAUACUUACAACCAAACGGGUCAUCUCAGCCGAGUCACCCAAUGAACAGCCACUCGGUGUGGCCACAGGCAACCCCCGAGAGCCCAUCAUACAGCACCGGGAGUCCGCAUACCUCCAAUCGUUUCCCUUACUCUCCAAGUCCACCAAUGAACAAUGGGACAUCCAGGGACAGCAGUUAUACAAGUCAUCUGAAUGUCAACAGCAGAGAUCAGUAUAACCUUUCCCGACCGAUUAGUGGCUCCUAUACCACCCCAUAUCCAUACGUGACACCGCAACUAUCACAGUUGUCCACUCCAUGGUCAGGGGGACCAUUCGAGAACUCCAUGCUACAUUCCUUGCAGACAAGAGGUGCACCGUUAUCUAUCCGAGGUUGCAAUGGAGACCUACUGGAUGACAUGGUGGAUAGCAAGGAGUGCGUCAACUGUGGCUCAAUAUCCACCCCGCUGUGGAGACGGGACGGCACAGGUCACUUUCUCUGCAACGCAUGUGGUCUGUACAGCAAAAUGAAUGGACUGAGCCGGCCAUUAAUUAAACCCCAGAAGCGCAUGUCAUCAUCGAGACGAAUCGGGCUCUCCUGUGCCAACUGCCAGACAUCCACCACCACGUUGUGGCGCAGGAACGCCGAGGGGGAACCAGUGUGUAACGCUUGUGGAUUGUACACGAAAUUGCAUGGGGUACCCAGGCCGCUCGCUAUGAAGAAGGAAGGGAUUCAGACGAGAAAGAGAAAGCCAAAAACCGUGAACAAAUCAAAAGGAUCCUCCGGAAGUAGUUCGGUGCCCAUGACUCCGACCUCAUCCUCGUCUUCCAACUCUGAGGAGUGUACGAAGAAUAGCCCAACACGGCAGGUGUCAGUGUCGUCGGUAAACCACUCUUCCAUGGCUGGCCAAGGAGAGGUUGUGAGCUCCACUGACUCCGCUGGGAAGUACCCGGGACAGGAGGGCCUGUACACUAGCGUGGGACUUACAUCCUCGGCUGAUGUGACGGCCUCCGUCCAGAGAGAGAGCUGGUGCCCCAUGGCCUUGGCUUGAUGUGUCAUCGCCGCCUGGCUGGCCAGAGCAGAGGCCUCCUAUCAUGCCUUUCACCUCCUGUGGAUGUAGCCCCUGUUGGUUCUUCCAGAUGUUUUGGGGAAGCGCAGGAAUUAUUCUUUUUAUUGAAGACCUCCGGAAGGAAUACUUUGGAUCGGAUAUUUCUCUCUCUCUCUCUCUCUCUCUCUCUCUCUCUCUCUCUCUCUCUCUCUCUCUCUCUCUCUCUCAAGUUUGUCAAUGCCAUUGCAAAGGAACACAGCCAUGAGGCAACACAAUGUCGUUCUGCUUUUGCAUUUGGUACUUUCUGGAGACAGUGCACUAGGCGUAUCACCAAGGGGAGUUAGUGGAUACAAUGUUAAUUUGAAAGAAAAAAGUGAAAUAUGUAUAUAUAAAUAUAAUAAUGGUAUGGGUGUGGAUUUCCCCCAGCUGACGCUAAUGGUGUUGAUUGGACUGUGGGCAUUUUGUCUGUGAAUGCUCAGCCCAUUAAAAAAAAGAAAUGUUUGAUUUCAUUGCAACUGGAAUAGAAGAUGAAGACAGCCAUGGCAUCCUCUUUGAAUGAAUGAAAUAUUUAUAAAUUGCUGUUGAAAAAAUGUGCCUAUUUUUGUCAAUAAAGGCAAUGACAAAUAGAGUAGGUUAAAUGCUUAUUCUUACAAAUAUUUUUUAAUAUUUGGAGGCAUGGUCUAACAUUUUAGAUCUAGUUUUCAUGGUGUAUAUUUGGCUAUGAUUGUGUCUCCGCAUGUUGCCUGACUGAUGAAGCUCUUAUUGAAUUGGACUGAAAUGUUAUGGUUUAUACAGGGUAGCAAAGAUCAAGACAGCCACUCUCUUUCUUCUCAGCUUUUCAUUUGAUUAUUUACUUUACUUUUAAGCAAUGUUAAAUCUAAUCCUGUCGAUUCAACACUUGAUUAGCAAAGAGAAAAAAAAACAUUGUAAAUCAAAUGGUACUAUUUUGUAGAUUGUAGCAUGUUUUAAAUGACAACGAUCACAAAUGGGUGAAAAAGAGGCGAAACAGCAUCCACGUAAACACUAACUCAGAACAAAACGGCACUCAGGACAAUCUGGUGACUGACAUUUUGUUGUUACAAUACAGAAGCAGACCUUGCAUGGUUUAUCAAUGCAAGCCUUCUGGAUUUAACAAACACAGAACUACCUAACAGAAAAAAAACAUUUAAUAUAUAUAACAAUGUGUUAUAUUAAGCAUAUUUUGGUCAUAUUUCCUUGUGAGGGAUAAACACAAUAAAUGUUAGACUGGUGGGGAAAGCUGCAUCCAUGGUGGCUGUGAAAAAAAAAGGCUCAACGCAUUCAAUCGCAGACUGGCUUAAAAACUCAGAUGCAGCAUUGUCUGUUUCAAUCUAAUUUGAUAGAUUAAUGGAUUUUAUUGACGCACUGCAUAUGCAGUGUCAAAUCAGCCUCAGUCUGACCAAGCGAUAAAGCAGGGCACGUGACACACGCCAGUGAGUGUGUUGCGAUUUGAGCAACAAGCAGGAUCAGUCAAAAGUCUGCGAUGCUCAUGACAUGGAUGAUGUAUGGGCUGUCCAAUCAUUAAUCUCCCCGCGUAUUUCAUUUGGCCCCAAACGAGAAGUCCUGAGAGUGUAAUGUGAGCGUGCUCUGUGGACCAGCGUUGGGCCAGACAAAUUCCACCCCAAGUCAGAGCGGCGUACACAGUCCAGGGGAAUCAGUUUGAGUUUGUAGGUCACCUAGAACAUUGUGUAACCAACACAAGCAGCUUCCAUGGUCAUGCCGUUUCUCUCCCUUGCUGAGGGAAGGCCCGCCGAUAUCCUGGACUUAUUUAUUUUUUAAGUAGAAUUUUAUUUGUUAUUGUGUGUGUUGUCAUUUGGUUUGAUGUAUUUGUAUGUCAAAGAUGUUUCUUUUUUUGGACAUAAUUUCCAUUUCUUUUUUUGUAUUUAAAUCUCUUGUUAUGAAUGUUCAACCGAAAACCUUAAUUUGAGAUUAAAAGGUUUACUUUGUCUUAAAAUAUCAUGUGCAAGUGUCAACCAAUCUCUGAGUAUCCUGCUUUUUUGUAGCAUGAGAACGUCCCUGUUGUUGAGAACUGGGUACAGUUCCUCAAAUAUACAAACAAUAUGUCUUCAGAGCUUCAGAACUGUAAGACUUUGCUGUUUCAAUAUCUAAGUAUAUAUUUCCUGACAAAAUGGCAUUGCAUCUGCCAACAUUACUUGAUAAUGUACUCUUAAUGUUGUGUUUCUUUUUGUAUCAGCGCCAUCAUUAAAUCUCUCUCCACAUGGGGGACAUUCAGACA